AUGAACACAAUCCACAACGCCCGUAUAUCCGUCUCCCAACUUUUUGGAGUAUCCAUCCGUCGUUAUUCCAUUGAGAAAAUCUUGCCAAAAGAUGUCAAAAUCAUUAAAAAUCCAUCGAAUGAACAAAUCGAGAAAUAUCAAAAGUUGGUUGGUGGAUUCAAUGAGAUCAAGUUGCUCAAGGAGACGAUGAAGGAAGAUUAUCAUUUGUAUUUGUUGUGUCACAAAGACUCCACAGUCCUCUCUGGCACCCAAUCGAUUCUCUACAAGUCUCUCAACUCCUCAACUCCAGAUUUCCUUUCGUUCGGUCUCUCAUAUCAACCCGACAACACCUACCAUCUUCUUCCCCAUUUAAUGUCUGAAAUGGCUUCAGAUCUCGACGCUGUCAAUAUGAAUUCUGGUGGAUGUGUCGACUCGAAAAAUGCGGCCGUCUGGCGUAAAGUUUUGCACACAAAAGUGCGCGGUUCGACCUAUUACGUCUCGAACUACAAGGCCGAUGAGGUCUUUAUUCCGGAGCUGGAAUUUGAUGAUGUUGUCGUGAAGAAGUUCAACGAUGUCCCAUCUGAAGAUGUCGUCAAGUAUGAUAAUUCCAUCUUUCCAUACCAACGCCAACAGCUUCUUCUUGCCAAAUUCAAGAAUGGAAUCGGAAGAGUCGCCUAUGAUAAAUCCGGAAAAGUCAUCGGAAUCGGUCUAGUUUCCUUCGAAGAAUCUUCAGGAAACUGUGAAAUUGGUCCAAUUUAUUGUGACACCAAGAAUGCAGCACAGGCGAUUUUCCAGAGUAUUCUGCAAGAGAUGAAAGGUUUCAAUGAGAUUCGUGUUCGUUGCAGUGACAAGUUUGAGGAUAGUGCCACAUGGAUCCGCCCAUUCCUUCGUUGUCGUCACGAAAUGACUCCAUUCGCUCAUGUCAAAUUCAAUCGUGUCAUUCCGGAUCUCAACCUUUCCAAGGUUUUGGUCAACUCAAAUCCAUCGAGUGCACCAUGCUGA